AUGUUCAUCCAAUCUAUCCGUCAGUUUUCUUCUACUUGUGCUGUCUCCAAAGUUGGUUGUGCACAAGUCAAACCUGUUCAUCACAAGGUGAAAAUCAUCAAAAAGUUCCUUUCACCACGAUUCCCUGAGCUCAAACUGGAUCCAUAUGAUAUCAGAUCACCAAAAUUCAAACCAUAUUUGACACAUCCAGAUAGAGUGGAAGAUCAUUAUUUCAAUAGCCUCCAAUCUGACCUGUUAUUGAUCAACUAUAGACAUGGUCAGCAACCAGUGUAUGGUAAUAAGAGAAGACAGUGGGAUAUGACCUCUCCAUAUCAUUUAAACAGACCGUUGAGGAAACCAAGAGGCCAGGUUGUUCCCUCUGCCACUAUUCAUCCAAGAACAUACGACAAUGUGCCUGUUUUAGAAGGUGUUACAUUGAACUGUUUUGUUAAAGAUGCAAAACUUUAUCCAGCACAGGCAAUAUCAGCUGCUUUGCAAUUGCAGCAAAUAACAGGUGUUAAACCAACUCCAAUUUAUGCUAAGACUAACGUUCCAAACUGGAAAUUAAGACCAGGUAUGAAAAUGGGUGCUAAAGUAACCCUUCAUGGUAGGGAUGCUUCCCAAUUUGUCUCCACUUUGACUGAACUUGUUCUACCAAGAAUUAGAGACUUUUACGGCAUUUCCAACAAAUCAGGUGAUAGAUACGGUAACAUUGCGUUUGGUUUAUCAGGAGAACAUGUUAAACUGUUCCCAGAAAUAGAAAAUAACCAAGACUCCUGGCCACAAAGUUUUGGGUUUGAUAUUACUCUGCAUACAAGUGCCCAGACAGAUGCAGAUGCAAGGAUACUUUUGAGUGGUUUAGGUUUCCCAUUCACUGGUUCUGAAAGAGUUCCUAAGAUCUUGUUGAACGAUCUAGCCAAUCCAGAAGAACAAUCUGCAUAA